AAUUAUCGCUAUCCAAGUCAGUCGUUUCGACAUUCAGUCUUUUGCAAUCGUUAGUGUCUAGCAGUUGAACGAUUAAAAUCGGGGAAUUGCUGAGAGUUUGUAACCCCUGUAUUCGUAGGCUUCAAAAUUUUUUAACGAUUCUCUGACGCGAGACUCAUCUUGAUUAUAUCGCUUUUUGAUUUUCAUCUGAUAAGCAAAUAUUGCAAACAAUCCAUAACCAUACGCAAGGAUGUUUUCUGAAAAUAAUCUUGGCAUAGAUUAUUCCAGCAUAUCUAAACACGAACUACGAUUGCGUGUUUGUAACAACGAAAGAGAUCUUGACGAAAUUUCACGUAGCUUCGCUAAAUAUUGUAUCGACCUGUAUAUCGACAGACGUCAGAAAACCAUGAUGAAUCAGCAUCCACUUGUGAAUAUGAGUAGAAUUACAAAAUUCAAAGAUUUAUGUAACAAAGAUAUUGUAGGCAGCCAUUUUUCCAUCACUGACGUCAUAAAUAAAUUUGAUUUUGUUUCCGGGCUAAGCCAUGAAAUUGCAGAUCAUUAUACGACGCAUUCAAAUUUCAGAAAGUACAGUCUGCCGAUUUUUAUUAUUCUCGGUCUUUUAGGGAACUGUUUGUCCGCCAUUGUACUCUUCCGUAAAAAGAUGCGUUCUUCCUCGUCCAACAUCUACUUGGGCAUGCUUGCAAUAUGCGACAUCGCCUAUUCAAUGAUAUUACUUAUUGACUGGCUUUUUUUAUUGGGUUAUAUAAAUCCAGAAAGAAUUUAUUUGUAUUGUUUAUAUAUCUUCGUAAACUUUCUGUUCUCCUUCUCCGAGUUCUUGAGUGUGUGGCUUAUAGUAGCCUUUACUAUCGAGAGAUAUAUAGUGACAAAGUAUCCGCUUCUACGUCGAUCCUGGUGCACUGUCAAACGAGCAAAAAUUGUAGUGAUCAUACUGAUGGGACUAGCGAUUUUGAACGGCAUUUUAAAUAUUUUUUAUAAUUUUGAAAAUAAACACUAUGAAAUAUUAAGAAGAGAAAUGAAUAGCUAUGAUAUAUACAAACUUCUACAAUUGGUCCCGAAAAAAAUUCAGCUAAUAAAAAAGAUUACGGAUUCUAUUACAAUAUUUAGUCUACCUGCUCUCGUGAUAGUAAUCUGCAAUUUUCUGAUCGGAUACCACAUUUAUCAGCAAAAUCGUGUUCGCAAAACCUUGUUUACAGCGUCCGAUUCCUCUAAUGAGAGAACUCAGAUUUCUAAGGAUAAAAUGCUUCAGCAUAAGAUCACAAAAAUGCUUAUUCUCGUUUCGAGCAAUCGCUCUGUAGGCAAUCGGGAAUGUCGGCAAUUGAAGCUGUCGGCAAAAUGUUGUGGGCAAAUGAAGCUGUUGGCAAAUGAGAAUGUAGGCAGUUGA